UUUUCACUAAACUUGAACCCACAAAAGCAAUAAUCUACUUUCUUGAACAACAGGCGACACAACGAUGAAGAAAUUAGGGUAUUGUCGUUUUUCUUCCUUACUUUCUGAGGUUUAGUUGUUUGUACCAUUCCCAGACCCAAUGCAUGUCAUAUGCUGGAUCUGGUCAAAUGAAAUAAAACCCAGUAACGAACGAAAAUCAACCAAAAAGAUGAAGCCAAGCAAGUUAGACAGAUUCAAGAAAAUGCAUUUAUUCAUUCUUGAAUGUACUAUUCAAUUCAACCCUAGAUUGUACACAAUCAUAUCACGGCCACUUUUUCUUUUAUUCAAUUUUUUUCUCGAACGGCAAUGCUGAAAGUUUGGCAACACGUGGCUGUGAAUGCAUUUUGUCCGAUUCUCCCAACACUUUUACACCACCCCAUUACUUCUCCUUAAGUCUUUACUCUUCUUUUUCUAUCUAGAGGGAGUGGGGAAAAUUCGAGACUUUAAAAGGGGAUGCAUGUUUUUGUAUUUUCCUGAACUGGGUUUUUUUUCCUUAAAUAGAAACUGUAAACUUAAUUUCGGAGAGUUUGAUGAAAUGAGUGACCGCCCAAAUUGGCUGCCAGCAGGCUGGAAAAUUAAAAUUGGAGUUCGAACAACUGGAAAGAGAGACAAGUAUUAUAUUGAUCCAUCAAAUAAACUCAAAUUUAAGUCCAAGCCAGAGGUUCUUCGAUAUCUCAAAAAUGCUGGGCCUGGGACCAAAAGUGCUAAAUCUGAGAAGCUGAAGAACGUUGACACCAGCAGCCAAUCUGCUAUUGAUAUCAAGAAGACUGUAGCAGAAAAUUUGCCUCCAGGAUGGAUCAAGGAAAUCAGAAUCAAAAGAAAUGGUUGCAAGACCAGGAGUGACCCGUCGUACAUAGAUCCUGUUAGUGGACGUCAUUUCCGCUCUAUGCAAGAAGUUCUUCGCUACCUUGAAGCAAGAGAUUCUGGAAAACCAAAGGACAAGGGCCCAAUGUGUGUGGAGUCAGGAGAUCAUUCUGGAUCUUCAUCUUCUGGAGCUAAACGACAGCAAUUGGCUGACGAGAAAGAAGAUAAAUACGUGAAAGGAAACCGAAACUCAAAGCCAGGCUUUAAAGACACCACAAUGAAUAAUGCCAAUGUGAUAGAGGCUAAACAUUUGAAGCCGAGAGAAGCUGAAGGUGAUUCUGUAGCUGGAGACCUUCGCGAUAAGUUACAGGUAGUAAAUGGAAAAGAUCACCAUGAAGAUAGAAAGUGGCAGAACAAGAAAUUGGCUGGCAAUGAAGUUAAAAAGAAUGUUAAUAUGGAUAUAAUCAUAAAGUCAGGCCCAAAAGGUGCUGCGGCAAAGAAUGUUUAUCUGCCGGAGGCCAGUGAUCAUGAACAAAAUGUGAAAGAUGAUUCUGUAGAUGGAGCUUUUCCGGACAAGCUAUCAUUAGUAGACAAAGUGGAACAACACAAGGACACUGUGAGGCAAAGUAUAAAAUCAGCUGACAGUGAAGUAGAUAAAAAUGCUAGUGGCCAUCCAAGCUUUAUGUCAGGUUUGGAAAGUGCUGAAAUGAACAAUGACAAUAUCCCUGAAACCAAUAACUUGGAGCAAAGAGUAGAACAAAAUGAAACUGAAACUGAGGACCUCUUCGAUAUGCAACUGCAGGUAAACGGGAUCGAACACCAUGAAAAUGGAACAAUCCCAAAAAAGAGGAAAAGAUUGAAUAGCAAAACGCUGGGCGACUUGCCUCGAAGAACUUCAAAACGACUUGCUACGUUGGAAGUCGAUCGAUCGGUGGAAGUAAAAACGAGAAAAGAAGCUCAACCAGCAGCUUCACUUUCAGUCAAGCCAGAAGUUAAUGGCACCAAUAAAUUUUGUAAUCACAGUUCUUCAAAUGGAAAUGAGAAGUUGAAAACAGAAAAUUCAGAUGACAAUAAUCAGAAAGGUUCUGCUGUUUUGCCUCUUAGAGAUCCUUCUCCUCCAAAAAUGCAUGCUGUGGAUGACUGUAAAGAAGGUGAGAAACAAGAAAUGCCUAUUGACACCUCAUUCAAUGAUUUAUUGAAGGAUCCAUGCAUUGAAUUUGCAAUAAAAACUCUCACCGGUGCAAUACCUAUAGAAGAUGUGAACAAGUAUACUGGCAGUUCAGUGUCUUCUCUGCCGUCGUCUAGUGUAAUUUCAGUUUCCACUUCAGACUUGCCUCCCAGGGAUGUAUGGGUCGAUCCAUGUUUUGAGUUUGCGGUUAAAACUCUCACCAGCGAAGUUCCCAUGAUUGAUAAUUCUUGUGUUCAGAUUUCAUCACACCAGCCGCCACUCAGCUCAUCAGAAAUCAGUAGAGAUAACGGCCUAAUGCUGCCAAAUUUCAGGACAGCCACAGCCUUGCAUAAUGCAACAAGCUACAGGAGCAAAUGGUAGCUUAAAAUAUUUGUGGAUACCAGUUUUCACGUCACCACUGCAUGGAAUGGAAUUACACACGAAAUGUAUGGUGAUAGUCUGUACGAAUGUUGUACAGUGACAAGAUAUUUCCGUCCCUUAACUGUAUUCCUGACUUUAUGCAGCUGCUGAUUUGAUUACUCUCUCUGCUGUUGUAAUAAUAGUUGAGAAUUAUGACUAGCUGGCUAUCUUUCCUUA